AUGUCGUUCUGUCUCCUGACAUGCAUUAACAUUAACAUUGACAUUGACAUUGACAUUAACAUUGGCAUUGACAUUGACAUUGACAUUAACAUUGACAUUGACAUUGACAUUGACAUUGACAUUGACCCUGAGGCUCCGCUCCGCGAGGCUACAAGCUCCCCCCAUCGUUUCACCGAGUCCAACUCCCGCAGACGCGCCUCGGUUGUCUCCAUCAACGGCAAAGGCGUCUUCUCGCUUGACUACCACCACCAAAUCGCCACCUUAAUGUCCGAGGACGAACGUAGCGUUGAAUUUGCCUACUCCCCCGACCCAGAGCUCCUCUGCGAAGAAGCGGCACUUCUCAGGGACAACCACAUCCUCCCAGAAACUGCCUCGGCCGUCGAAGCCGCCUGGGAAGAUGCUGUAACACACGGAAAACUCACAGACUCGACGUACAAACGCGAAUUCACGUACCUUUCCAGGUCCUCCUUCCCGCUUAUCAUCACCUUUCUUUUCCAAAACUCGCUCUCGCUUGCCUCUGUCUUCUCUGUGGGCCACCUUGGCUCCAAGGAGCUUGCGGCUGUCUCGCUAGGCGCCAUGACCGCUAAUAUCACCGGGUAUACGCUCAUCCAGGGCCUUGCCACCUGUCUCGACACGCUCUGUCCGCAGGCCUACGGUGCCGGAAAGUACCAUCUUGUGGGUGUCUUCUUCCAGCGCUGUACCGCCUUGAUCUUCACCUGUUUCGUCCCCGUCGCUAUCGUGUGGCUCUUUUACGCGGGGAGCAUUCUCAGGGUGCUCAUGCCUGAUUCGCCGGAAUCAGCCGCCCUUGCCGCCCAGUACCUCCGCGUGGUGACUCUUGGGAUGCCAGGCUACAUCGUGUUUGAGACCGGGAAAAAGUUUCUCCAGGCGCAGGGCAUCUUCCAUGCGUCGACGUACGCACUUCUCGUGUGCGCUCCGCUUAACGCCGCGCUCAACUAUCUCUUGGUGUGGAAUCCGUACGUGGGGAUCGGGUAUCUCGGUGCCCCACUCGCGGUUUCUAUCAGCUACUGGGCCAUGGCGAUGAUCCUCCUUGGCUACACCGUCUACACGGGGCGAAAGAUGGACGCCGACAGCCCUGCCAACCCGCUCAAGUGCUGGAACGGCCUCCACCUCAGAGACUCCUUCAACAACUGGGGAAAGCUCACGCUGUUGGCGCUUCCGGGCGUGGUGAUGAUCACCGCCGAGUUUCUCGCCUUUGAGUGUUUGACCCUUCUUGCAUCCAGGCUUGGAACCGUGGCAUUGGCGGCCCAGUCCGUGGGGAUCUCCAUGGCUGCUCUCACCUACCAGGUUCCGUUUGCCCUUGGGAUUGCCUCCUCCACCAGAAUUGCCAAUUUCUUGGGCUCUGGCUUACCCCGGGCCGCCAAAAAGAGCACCAAGGUGGCACUCCUCAUGGGCAGCGUCGUUUCCCUCGCCAACUGCUUGUUUAUUGUGGUGUUGCGCACCUCCAUCCCACGCUGGUUUACGUCUGAUCCGGAGGUGAUUGCCGAGAUUGACAAGAUCUUGCCGAUCAUCGCGGCCAUCCAGAUCGCAGACACGAUGAACGCCAACUCCGCGGGAUGUCUCCGUGGCCAGGGGCAGCAGAAGAUUGGAGGGAUUGUCAACAUGGUGAGCUACUACCUCAUCGGUAUCCCUGUGAGUUGCGUUCUCACGUUCAAGUUUGGGUACGGGUUGUAUGGGUUAUGGGUGGGCAGUGGUUUGGCAAUGUUCAUUAUUGGGUUUGUCCAGUCGUACUAUGCGAUGCGGGUGGACUGGGGACAGUUGGUGAUGGAUGCGCGGAAGAGGAAUAGUGCUGAGGAUGAGACAACACCGUUACUUUAA